CGCCAACUUCAUUUGAUCCAAGCAGACGCGCGACUUGAUGACCGACAAUGGAACGCAGCACAGCGAAGGUCAGAAGGCGUUACUAGAACUCGAGUCUAAAUUCACCGCCAAAAAGUCUUCCAUUCAAGGAACCAACGGCAUGCAACUCCGAGUUCUUGCUUUGUUUCCUCGACUGUUCGAAGAUUACCCAUACCCCGUCGUUGUCACUGCUGCGAUACUUAAAUUAGCAGAUUGGUUUAGGCAAAGCAAUAAUGUCCUCAAAUUUCACAUCUACAAAGUGUUUGAGCAAUCAUCCGAAGCGCAUCUUCCCAAGUUGAUAAACACAGAAGAAACAGUCAGACGCAUAUUGCCAGUGCUCUAUAGUAAUGACUACGUAGCGCGAUCCAUUACACUUCGAAUGCUGGGAUGCAUAUCUGCCAUUAUACCGGAGAAACUGGAUGUGCAUCAUGGAGUCAUGCAGCGUCUGGAAUUAGCGGAAGAUCGGCCCGAAUUGGAGGCAGCCAUAUGGGCAGCAGACAAAUUUUGUGGAGUAUCCCAUCGAUUCUUGGCCGUGAUCUGCUCGAAAUUAGAAGCUAUGAUUAUGUCUCCGUCAAUUUCACCAGAUGUUAGGACGCAACUCAUUCGCAUCUUGCGGCAUAUGUAUGUGGACUUUACAAUGCUGAAAAAGGCUCUUGCAAUCUGUAUGAAUAUGCUAAACUUAGAUCCGCCUAUCGAGGAAGAUCAAUUGAAAGUGGUUUUGAGCACUAUAGCGUCUUUGUCGAAGCACUCGUUCCUCAACCGCACUGAACACAUCAGCCUUCUGAUCUCGUAUGCGUCUAAAGAUUGCGGUCAGGAUUUGAUGUGUCAGGUGUUACAUGACUUGAUCUUGAUGCAAGAUGCUCAAGCCAUGCUAUCUUCCUUAGACGUUCUGAACCUGAUGAAAAUCGGUUGUGAAGUAUUACAAUCCGGAUCCUUUUUUCUCAAGUACACAUACGGCCGCUGUCUCUUAAUCUUAUUUCAAAAGAAUGAGCCAGCAUUACAGACAAUCAUCCGCUCCUCUGAUCCGGCAAGUCAUCAGCAAUUCAAGGAGUUCAUUGGUGCAAUACAUAAUAUAUUGUUUAUGGAAUCGAACCGCUUACAGAUAAGCUCGAUGAUACAAUAUACAGCUAUAUUGAACAUCAUAAUAUCGACAUUGAAAUAUUGCGAAAAUUCGGUAGUCGAUGAACAGACGAUGAUUGACAUGGAAGAAAAGAUGUAUCGGUGUCUUAAUAUGGCCACGGAUUCCCUGGUGAUGGCGCCUUAUACCAACCAUAGAAAAAUUACUCUUAAAAAACUCCUAAAACUGAGGAGAAAGCUAUCAGUUGGCGCGGAAAACAUUCCACAGGAUUUCGAAUAUAUGUUGGGCACGGUGGAAGCUGCCAAUGAAUGCCUUGUACCUGUUCUUUGCAUGCAUCUGUACUACUUAGCAUGUCAAAGCAAAGCAAAUGAAGGACAUUAUUUUGUUUUGUUACUUCAAAAAUUGAGCAAGAAUAUAGAUAACCCCGUAGUAUGCAUUCCCUUAAUUAGGCUGACACUGCGACUUUGUAUGGACACAUCUGAGGAAGCCACGAAUAUGGUGAUAGAGGACUGUUUCAGUAAAAUCAAGCUGUUUGGCGGAUGGAACCAAACUGAGGGCAAGUUCACCAAAAACCAAAGCUAUUUAUGGGAUAUUGCGAAGAUUGCUGGGCAAUGCAAAAACUUUGAAAUUAUGUAUGAAGUGCUAUCAGGCAUUGCUGGAGAGGUUCAAACGGAGGCGAGCGAUUGCUGGGUUCAGGCGAUGAUGAAGUUAUCUCGUUCGGAAUUCCUAAUAUCGUCUGGUAUAGACAAAUCGAGCCCUGACUACGGCACCGCGUGUGCGUUAUUGAACAAAGCAAUAGAAGACCAAGUGCGAUUUCAAACGCUAAUGAAGGCGUUUUCCACUAUGAAAGAACCUAGGUUAUUCCCAUGCUGGUAUAUACAGCUUCGAACUGAAAUGCUCACCCUGAUCAAAAAUACAAUCUCUAUCAUUGUGAACAGUCAAGAAGUCCGCAACAAUCCACAAAACGUGAACUCAUUAUACAUUCGAAUAGAGAGAAAGAUAAUGUCCUGCGCAAAAGAUUGGUUUAAACUGGCUUCAAGAUAUCAGCUUUUACGAAAGACCAUAUACAAUACAGAUCGGCAAACUGCACAGUUGAUUGACGAAUUUCAAAUCAUCGCGCUGACCUUUGGAUAUUCUCUAUCAUCAAUGAAGCGCAGCAUGAUGACCUUUACACAUCCAGCUUUAAUACCCUUAUUCGAAGACGUCUCUAUGAUGGACGAAGGCAUGGAAAUCGACAAAUCUGCACGCUCAUUGUCGAUCCAGGUCUUGCGCGAAACGGAUGAUUGGAACAAAGUGCCUGACAUGGAAUUGGCCCAGCGAAUUGAUGCUUUCUCAAGGACUGUUGAGGCUUAUUGCAUUGGCAUUCUCAGCUUAUCACUAAGUCUUCCACAAAACUUUUUCAGCAGCCAUAAGAGUGUAUCUGUACAGAUGAGCGUGGAGCCUUCGUUGGAGGAGCUUCAACCAAUUACGCUUGGAUCGGAUUCAGUAGAAGUAAUGGUGAUCAAGUUUGAGGGAAUUGUUCAGCGCAGCCGUUGUAAAGGUCAAAUAAUGAAAGCUACGAAAGCUGACAUUGUUUGCUUCACGACUAGCCAACAAAUUUCGAAUAUUGGCGAUCAAAUGCAAGCUUUGAUGAUAUAUGACAAUCCAGUGAUGGCGCUCGGAGAUAUGGGCUUAAGCGCUUGUUUGCUACACCCACCUACCUCAUACCAAGCAAACAUCGUUAAUAACUACUUCUCUACAAUGGGGCUUAUUCAUUUACCGCGGUCGAAGAAAGUAGCAGAGGAUACCGGUAGUAAGCGCCCAACGACUGUUGUGUGGGUCAAUGUGUUAGUUCGACUAGUUGAUGAUAUGGACAGAGCAUGGAUUACUGGCCCUAGAUAUAGUAGACGCGUGAUAUUACAAUGAAACUUUUGAUCACACCAAGCCAUAGGUUACUGAAACCCAAGCUAUACCAUAGCAUUGUAAACGACGAAUCACAAAACU